AUGGAGAAAAACAAAUCGCCAUUGCACUUUGUGCUAGUUCAUACGGCAUUCCACGGAGCCUGGAGCUGGUACAAGAUUGUGGCAUUGAUGACAUCUUCAGGGCAUAAUGUUACAACUCUGGACUUGGGCGGUUCAGGGAUCAACCCGAAACAGGCCCUUGAAAUCACACAUUUUGCUGAUUACGUGAGUCCGCUAAUGGAGUUCAUGGCUUCACUUCCUGCAAAUAAUAAAAUAAUUCUUGUAGGUCAUGCCUUUGGUGGAUUCGCCAUUUCUAAAGCCAUGGAGACCUUUCCAGAAAAGAUUUCAGUUGCUGUAUUUCUCGGUGGUCUAAUGCCUGGUCCAAAUAUCGAUCCAACCACCAUCUACACUAAGGCGGCGAGUGCGGUGAUAGGUAAACUUGAUAAUUGUGUUACAUACGAAAAUGGACCAACAAAUCCUCCAACCACCAUCAUCGUAGGUCCCAAGUACUUGGCAACUAAUAUUUACCAUCUCAGCCCAAUUGAGGAUUUGGCGCUGGCCACUACACUAGUAAGGCCAAUUUAUUUAUUUCCUGCCGAAGAUAUUUCUAAGGAGAUGGUUCUUUCAAGCAAAAUGUAUGGAUCCGUUAGGCGAGUGGUCAUUGUCGCUCCUGAAAAUAAUGCCCUGGCAAAGGAAUUUCUAAAAUUGAUGAUUGAAAAGAAUCCACCUGAUGAAGUGAAAGAGAUUGAGGGCUCUGACCAUGAUGUCUAAGCCCCAACAACUUUUUACUACUCUUCUGAGCAUCGCUAACAAGUAUAGCUAAAGAG